AUGAGAAAAGAGGAGAGCAAAAAUCGACAGACUAUUUUCUUGAAAUUAGACAUGUCCUGGGUAGAAUACUACAUCGUUCUCCACAGCUUUAAAGAGGAAGAUAUAAAUGAACUAAUGAAUUCCGUGAAUAAUAAUUUAUUCAGGAACAGCAUACUUCAAGGAGGGAUUAAAUUGCAGGGAGAAGCAAAAACAGCGUUGCACACUUUGAAGGACCUCUUAUCCUAUUAUUUCGGGAGGUUAAGAAGUCUUUAUAGCCUGGAGGAGGGCACUGAGGAGGAACUGGUGCAGAACGGCAAUCAUACUAUUGAAACACCGAUGGAGAUGAUGGAGGAAUAUCACAAUAGGCUGUCUCUCUACUAUAUCAUAAUGGAUCAAAUGCCCCAGUUGUAA